AUGUCGUCCAAGAAGCUGUUCCAAAACGGCGAGGCAGCUCCGGAAGGUUCUGUAGGUCGCCAUGGAAACCCGUUGACCAAUAGAAUCGUCCUGGCGCUGUCAGGACUCGCGGCUGUGGUGAGUUUCGUCACCCUGCUGUUCAUGCUUCGGGAAAUUGCCUUCAUCCAGGAACAGCAGACUACGUUCAUGAGAGAGAUACAGGAUCAGCAAACGGCGUUCCAGACAGAUCUACGGGAAGAACUACAAGCCUACCUGAAGGAUCAGGUGCUCCAGAUGCAGUUGAAGCAAAAGAACGAGGCUAAGGACAAGAUCAAUCAUUACAUCGUGACUCUGUCCCCUGCUACUUACUGUUUCCCAGACUGUGCUGCAGUUAAAGCCGCCGGACACACGACCAGUGGAGUCUACACACUUGGCCCACCCCUGUCCGGUGUAGAGGUCUACUGUGACAUGGAUACUGCAGGAGGUGGGUGGACCGUGAUCCAACGGAGGAUAGACGGGUCUGUUCCCUUCGACCUGACCUGGGAAGACUACAAGCACGGGUUUGGGAACAAGAACGGGGAAUACUGGCUUGGGAACGAGAUCAUCCACCGCCUGACUACUCUUAAGGACUUUCGUCUCCGGAUCGAUAUGAUGGACUGGGAAGAAAAUGAACGCUACGCGGAAUACGGCAUAUUUCGGGUGUUAGACGAUGCGUCAAACAUGUACCGGCUGGCCAUAUCCGGGUAUUCAGGCACCGCGGGAGACUCCAUGAUUGGCAGCUAUCCCAACAACGGGCAGCUGUUCUCCACUGUGGACAGGGACAAUGAUGUCCACAGCUGGCGCCACUGUUCUCAGGUUUGCGGACAUGGCGGCUGGUGGUACAGGGACUGCGGCCGCUCCUUCCUCAACGGCCGCUACCUAGGCAACUGUGGGAACUCCUGUCCACGCGAGCAAGGUGUGGUGUGGUACCACUGGAGAGGCCCUUAUUACUCCCUGAAAUCUGUGUCGAUGAAAAUCAGGCCACGAUAAUCGCAUCUGCUCUACUAAAUCUGAUCACACCCAGUUAUCCACAAAAUCAUCAAUCCUACAUGUCUGUAACGCUGACAAGUAACGCUCUCUAUUGUAGUGACAUUGCCUGCUACAAACGUAGGUCAGAAAGAGUUCAUUUGACAAUAUCAGUGAGGUAGACAUUUAUGAUUAGUGGGGAACCACAGCUAACUGGAGAAGUGUUCAGACAACUAUUGUCACGGAGCAAACUCUUCAAUAUGAGGUUUGGAGACAAGUGACGAUACCUGAAAUAUUUAGCAUCUAAUUAAGAAAAGUAUG